AAAGGGAAAGUUGUUAACGGGCCUAGGCGGCAAACUUGAUUUGGAUCUUGACCAUAACAUACGUUGAUAGGAAGUUUUGUUACUGACAUCAAUAAUGUCUACAGAUAUCGAAGGACAUAUAUUAAAGAAAUACGAAAUAAAGAAGCGGCUUGGAAAAGGGGCAUAUGGUAUUGUUUGGAAAGCAAUAGAUAGAAGAACUGGGGAGAUUGUUGCUUUAAAGAAGAUAUUUGAUGCUUUUCGGAACCAAACUGAUGCUCAGAGGACAUUCAGAGAAAUUUGCUUUCUACAGGAAUUUGGUAAUCAUGACAAUGUCAUUAAGUUACUCAAUGUCAUAAAGGCUGAAAAUGACAAAGAUAUCUACCUUGUUUUUGAUUUUAUGGAUACUGAUUUACACAAUGUAAUAAAGAAAGGAAAUAUUCUAAAGGAUGUACAUAAAAGAUACAUUAUGUAUCAGCUUCUAAAAGCCAUGAAGUAUAUACAUUCUGGAAAUGUAAUUCACAGAGACAUUAAGCCAAGCAAUGUUCUCCUUGAUGCUGAUUGUUUUAUCAAGAUUUGUGACUUUGGUCUAGCUCGCUCUAUUUCAAGUUUGAAAUUUGAACCUGGAGAUCCUAGCCUGACUGACUAUGUAGCAACUAGAUGGUAUAGGGCACCCGAAAUCCUUCUGGCAUCACCUGUGUAUACCAAGGGAGUGGAUAUGUGGUCAGUUGGCUGUAUUUUGGGAGAAUUAUUAUUAGGUAAACCACUUUUUCCUGGAUCAUCAACAUUGAAUCAAAUUGAGAGAAUUAUGUCAGCCAUUCCAACACCUUCUAAAUAUGAUCUAGAUAGCAUAAAAUCAGCAUAUAGUAGCUCAUUAUUUGACAAGUCAUUACACAGCAGAAGCAGACGGUCUUUAGAAGAAAUGCUCCCAACUGCCUCAGGAGAUGGUUUGGAUUUACUGAAAGCACUGCUUCAUUUUAACCCUGCAAAAAGACCAACUGCUGAAGAGGCAUUGAACCAUCCUUUUGUGGCUAAAUUCCGAAAACCAGCAGAAGAAGUUUCACUAACAUAUGACAUAGUACCUCCAGUUGAUGAUGAUGUGCAACUUUCUGUAAACGAAUAUAGGGACAAGCUGUAUGAGAGCAUUAUAAAGAGAAAAGCAGAAGUACGUAGACAAAGGAGAGAAAUGACUGCCCAAAGAGAACAAAGACCAGCUGCCGAACAAAGUUCACGUCCACAAGCAGUUGCUGCAGCUAGAACAGAUGCAAAAAAGUCAUCACUCUCUAGCCGGCCAGUAAAGACAGAAGCUGUAUCCACUGCAGCUGCAAUGACUGCUGGACAGUCAGCUGUGGCUAAUGAGGCUGCUGCUCCAACUACAACUGCUGCUGGAGCAGCAGAGUCACCUUCAGGUGCUAAUAAAGCCACAGUAGCGUUUGGGCGCACAACAAAGCUGCCACCAUCCCAACCUCAAAGACAAGCAAAGUCAGCACCGCUACACAGAGUACGAGCAGGCAGUGCUGAAAAUCUCAAUACAAAAACAAGUCCAGUAAUUGGUAGGUCUCGUCCAAUUUCAAACAUUGCCAACCAGAACAAGAAUAACAACAUUCUGAUGCGAUCAUCAUCUCUCGACAAGUUAUCAUCACUAUCAGUUACAAGUGCCAGGAUGAUACCCCAGCAACGUCAACAAACAGCCCAAGAAAGAAGUCCUGGGUUUCGCCCAGGCAGAAAGCCAAGACCAAGCAGUGGAAAUGGUGGACUGGCUGCUAGUAGCUAUACACAGACUCAUGCAACAAUUAGUAAAAGUUUGUUGUCAUCACUGCAGACGAAACAAAGUCGAUAGUUUUUAAAUAUUAGGUUUUGUCAUUGAAACAAAUUUCAUAUCCUCUUUACCAAAAUGAGGUAUACAAAUGCAGCAGAAAUUCUAUAAAAUAGAGGUUUUUUGUUAAGUUUAAGUUAACUAGGAUUUUAUUAUUUACUAACUUUUUCACAAUGCUGAUCUGUUGGGUAUUACAAUUUUCUAAGGUGAGGAAAAAUUUCAUUCAAAUCAAAACAUUGUGUGACAGGCUUGCAUUUUUACCUUAGAAAAAUAGAGCAUAAUUCCAGGUGAUUUGCCCUUUUUUAAUAAUUGAAAGAAGUUUUAUUUUAGAACUUAAUAAAAUUUUAAGUACUGUAAUUAUGAGACAUAGUGAAAAUCGUUGUCUACUUAAAAUAUUUCAAGUUAAUAAAGUUCAGAUGUUAAAAAUAUAAACACCUUCUAAGUUGCUUGUAAGUUUGUGUUUGUUUUAUGGAAGACGUGUUGAUA